AUGCCUUUGCUUGCGGGGCCCUCGAGCUCGUCGCAAGAGGCACUCCUCCGCCUUGAGAAGGGUAGCACCGCAUCCCCAACUACCCAACUUCACGAAGCAGCACAGAUUCUCGGUGUGGACCUCAAUACUUGUGAGAGUCAUCCGGAGACACACCGAAAUGCGAAAAUCCAGGCAAAGGCCACUCCAAAGGAGGAGUGGGUGCUCAGAUGGUUAUUGAAGAGGCUCCGGACUGGGAAGAACUACCGCGUGGAUCCAGCUUCGUUCCUCUUGCUGCGAGAGCUCAUUGGGCUCAUCUCGCCCAAGAAUUUGGCGACAAUUCUGAAAGACCAAAAAUUCUCCUCGAUUUUGUGUGACACAAUGACAGAUUUGGAGAAUGACAUCUUUGCGACGCUGGGAAGUGGUUCCUCGACCUCGAGUUUCGAAUCCGACUCUAGCAAUCCACUGGACAUGCAUGCCACUCGGAAGGAACAUCGAGGCACGCAGGGAACGAAGAGAAAGCGCAUCGCUGGAGAGAAUGAUGCCGAGCCUAUGGACCUGGAUGAAAAGCCACAGAACCUCGCCUCGUGCUUCCUCACGUUCAUUCGCGCUCUGGAUUGCCUCUAUGGCGUUGUGACCCUGGCUCAGCGAACGCUUGGCGUGGACGAAGUGGCCAACUCGCACCUCAAGUUGGCACUGAGAGGGGAGCCUGAAGUUGUUGCAGGAUUGUUGGGCAGGUCACUUCAGUUGGCUGCCGUUGCCGUCACGCAGUUCUCGCAGGCAGGUAAAACAACAGAUCUCCAGCAUCUGCUACUUGUUUUCCCAGCGAUGCUCGAGCUGUGGGAGUCAAGAUCCUACCGCCAAGAUGAUACCAACAACAACUCAAGCAAUGACUGGUUCGCCAAGUCUUGCUUCUCUCAUGCUCUUCGGCUUCAACUCUGCCUUCGAAAUGUCAAGUUCGACACUGACGAGAGAGCGCAUCUUCUCCAUGCCAUCGAACGGAUCGUCGCUCUUCAUGUGUUGAUCCCAGCUCGGGAAGCUUUCUUUGCUCGUGGCGGUUCUGGAAUUGACUACUCGAAAGAAGAACCGGAUUGGAGCGCGGUGAAACCAGUGACUGAUACAUUCAGACCAAUUAUAGGAGAACUUUCAAUCAUCCAAAUGACACCAGCCAAGUCUAACAGUCGCUCUUUCCACCCGUCAUGGCGAUCAAUUGAGCUUCUCCCUGAGCUAUUCGAUAAUGCCGUCCGCGCUGUCCCGAGAGAUGACUUCAGACGCCAAACACACGAGGCUCCUUGGCUCGAGACGUUAUUCGUCGCUGUUGCGGAGCUGGCUUACUCCACCGCAAAGGAGGAAGAGCCCGCUACCUUCUCUGUCAGAUUUGUUUCUGUGCUGGAGGACCUCUUGCGUAUUGCUCUCGGUCGAAGCGUCGGCUUGUCUUUGCAAACUGUUCUUACCCAUGCCGGUUAUACGGGUCUCCUCGAGCAAGGCCUAGAGCAAGUUCAAUGGAAUGUCACAGCUCUGGUCAUUAGCCUCGGCGUUGAUGUUUUCCUGCCAAACUCAGGACUACGCGAUGCAAGCAAGCUACUAGAUGCGCUACUUGACAAGAUCAUGCUUCAGUGGCGCAGUGAAGGCUGCAAGAAGUCUAAAGACUAUGACACGAUCAAGAAUGACAUUGUCAUCCCGCUUCUACGGGGCUUUGCAGGUGCGAGAGAUUUGACAUCUUUCAUGGAAGUCUGGCACGACCAGCUUGUCAUCCUGGAAGAAGCUCGCGUCCGCAACGAUAGUCUCCCAUUCUUCUCCGUCUGGGAAGAUGAUGAUCUGUGUGAUGUAUUUUCUGAGUUGACGCGGACGUCACUCACUGGUGUCAACUUUGCCGCACAGCUGCAGGCUGCCGCAACGGCAACUCGGGCUGACAAUGGCAAGAUCUCCGAGUCCUCGCAAUCAUAUGCAAAAUUUAUUGCAUUGGAAGCCACCUUCCGAAGCAAGGUCUCGUUGGGCAACUCGGAGGAGACUUUGGCACACUUCCUUGAGACCUUGACAUCUACUCUGUCGUCAAAGCAAAUGUUCCACUGGCGCUGGCGCUUGUGGCGGUUCGUGCGGAAUUUUUUGCAAAAUAAUUUGCUCGCUACCGAUGGUGUCCUUGCCAAGGCUACACAGUCUCUCGCGAGCAUAGCUGCAAAGUCCCUUCAUCGCAAUCAAAAGAACUUGGCCAAAGCACCACUGGCUCCUCUGGAGUCAUGGGAGAUCUAUCGGUUUGUCCUGGUAGUUGUCACAGGAAAGCCCAGUGAUGAGCAACUGGCUGCAUUUGCCGAUAUCUCCAAAGAUGUCGCCAAAUUAGUUUCAUCAAUCACCCCUGAGGAUUCUAAAGCUUCAAUGGAGGCGCCCUGGGAUGGCCGAAUCGAUACCUUGUCCUCACCAACUACACUGGCUUUGGCUUACACCUUGGCGCUGAUAAGGGAGCCUGAUGUCUGGGAGAAGGUCGCGUCCGAGUAUCGGUCAAGCAUGUUCAAACAGCUCAUGACCCUGGCAGCCGCGCAGUACCACUCAUCUUCGUUGCCUAUGGAGACUGUUGCUGAUAAUGCGCGAUUCCUUCACGCAUGGGCAAGCAUUGUGUGUCAUGAGUAUCUACUCAACGUGCCAUUUAUAGUACCUGACCUGGUCCUUCUGCUUACCAAGAGCAUCGAAAACGACGUUUCCAAUCGCAGUCUGUACGUGGAGAGCUUGCAACGGAUCCCUGCUGCCUUGAUUACCCGUGGUCUAAGAACGGCCCUUUUGGACAAGCUGCAUGAUAUCGUUGUUCAGCAGGAUAGUGCUCCUGAAGUGACCCUUGGACUUUUGACUAUGAUGGCAAAACUUGCGGCUAUGCCCAAAUGUGAUGCUAGUGUCACGAGCGACUGGGAGCCAAUCUGGACAGAGGCUCGCUCCAUCUCUCUAGAAGGUACUGACUUGGAUCUUCAAAUCAUGAAGGCCUUCCGCAGCUUGUAUCGUGCCGUUAUCGCCAAGCUGUUGGUACUCUCACAGGAUGAUCGAUUUGAGACAUUUGGCAAAUUGUAUUCCAGAGUCUCGAAGCAGGCGUCAAAGCUUCGGCAAAUUGACCGUGAUUCUAUGGCUUGUUUCCUACUUCGCCUGUCCUUGUCGGAACUAUGGAUUCACCGCAAGCAAUUGGCCAAGGCCUUUUCGGAGGAUGAUUUGGCAUCCUGCCGUCAGCGUGUGUUUGGCUUGGUUUUGGCAGAUAUGAAGUCCGUCAAGGAUCAGUGCAGGAAGCAGAAGCUAGAGGAAACAAUUACCCUCAUCAAGACCAUCGACGCCCUGGAAGACUUUGAGGAUCUAGCGACAAACAACAUCGAGGUUGAAAAGUUUCUCUCCAAGCUUGAGCGCUACAUGGAGAUGUCGAUUGAUUCGACGCCGUCGCGGCUUAUUCGGCGGCGUCUAAUGGCUACCAAGGGAUCCGAGAAAAAGUUUACCAAGCCGGUGCUGCAAUGCGCCGAGACCCUGACUCUCCAGUCGCUCUACGCUGAAGAUCAACAGCUCUUCAUCCGAGCCACCACCGAGCGGUUCCGCUCCAUGACUGGAGAACAGAUCAGUGAAGCAAUUCAGGAGAUCCGCGAGCUUGGUUUUACUGGAGAGCAUGCCGCCUGUCGACUACUUGUGAUCUAUCUCGCAGUCAUCUCCCUCCAGCCCGUCGAGGACAAAGAGAGUUCCAUUUCUCGCGAGCUCUCCCAUCUCAGCCAGUCUCUCGCAGCUGCUCUCGUCCACAGCACCUCCAUCGAUCAAUUCUGCUUCACCGCCGAGACUUUGGCCCUCCUUCUCCGCGUGCACACUCGCAGCAUUGCCCAGUGCAACGUCGACGAUAUGCUCGCUGCCAUCGCCACCGCCGCCUCCAAGAGUGGUCCGCGCAUCUCACCCGAGUACGCCCCGACCAUCUACACCCGUCUAUGUCGCUUGAUGGGUAUCAUCCUGGGGCUACAGCGCGUCAAGAUCGGCGGUCGCUUCCACCUCGUCGUGACUGCCAUGCAACGCCUCCUGGGGUGCCUCUUCGCGCGGUCUCGUAAGCGCUCGCGCGCCAAUCGGGCCGCGGUCAUCGCCCAUCCCUUCUGGCUCGCUCCCCUUGAUGCCUCCCACGCAUCCAAUUUCACCCGCCUCCUCACCUCUCUCAGCGACCCGACUGUCUCCGCCGUGCUGCGCCCGCAGCCCGGCAUGUCUCGUGAGGCUCUGACUGAUGAAACGAAGAAAGCUAAGCGUAUUGCUGGUCAGUAUCUACAAUACGUGAUCAUGGCUUAUGCGCAGUGCUCGCUACGUGGGUCACUCGUACCGGAUGUCAAGGCCGCCCUGAUGCCAGGUCUGUAUUCGGCGCUAGAUGUGAUGUCGCGGGAGUCGUUGCGUGCGAUGAAUGCUGGUUUGGAUGCUUCGGGUCGUGCCGUGUUCAAGUCUCUUUAUGAUGACUAUGUCAAGUUUGGAAAGUGGAAUAAGGCCUGA